CCAUCCCCUAAUGGUCGGAUGCGCGAACAAUUAUCGCGUCAACUCGGCAUGACAGAACGCUCCAUUCAAAUCUGGUUCCAAAACCGUCGUGCCAAAGAAAAGAAUAUAGCAAGACGAACAUGCAUUGCUCAAAACCGGAUAUGGCGGAUGCAGCAACUAGCUGCAGAGGCUGCUUCAAAUGCUUGUCAGCAACAGAAUUCCAAGGACCCACAAAUGUACUAUUACUAUUACUACUAUUACUACAAUCAACAACAAACGUCGUCGUCGAGUCAUAAUAACGCACUACGUUGCAGCAUCAUCAUAAUCAGCAUGAUCAACAGCAGCAACAGCAGCAGCAACAAAUGCGUCAUCAACGAGGGGCCACUAUGCCAAUAAUCCCA